CACUGCUUAGUGAAUAGACUCCUGUCUGUACAAAUGACUUGUCUGCCAGGGAGGAGCUGUUAGACUGCACCUCUUUUACUGCUUUCCUUCUUCAUGACUUUUGACCCUUUGGAAUGUUAGUUGUGUCACAAGGAUUAAAGGCUGCAAGGGGAGCUCUCUCCCAGAAACGUGUAAAUUACAUAACAGCAGUUAAAGCCACUGGAUUACAUGGGGAAGAAGCUUCUGAGACGGACAACUGGAAAAGAUGGUGUUCUACAAAGAAUGGCUGAUGCUUUUCUUGGGCCUUGGGACUUUCUGGUGUAUUUCAGAUUGUCUGGGGAAAACUGCAGCUCUGAAAAAACUUAGUUCAAAUAAACCUCAAACUGCAAGACAGGUUCUUGUGGGACAAAAACGUCAACAUGGGGAAGACCCUCCAUCUUUGGAAGAUGCAGAGAAAGAGCAGGGAUAUUAUCUCGAGCAACUGUUCCAUCUGUAUGGGGAGAAUGAUACCUUGUCUUAUCAUGGACUUACUCAGCUUCUACAAAAUCUAGGACUUGGCAAAGUGCAGGUAAUAGAGAUUCAUCACACAGAACUGGGACAUGAUCACGUCACACACUUAGAUAUACUUGAAGUUCAGGAUAAGAAACACAGCCAUGUGCACUCCAGCAGAGAACACUUCGCACCCACCUCUGGUCCUAUAACAGAUGGCAGGGAAUUGGAUAAAGGCAAAAUUGAAGAUGGUUCUGAUAUUGUUCCUUUGGUGGAAACUGGGCAGCCAGUGACGGCAAAGCCUGAGCCCAGGAAUGUCAAACUGCAAGAUGGGAUCAAAGGCACCAAAGGAGAAAACCAAUGGCCUCCACAGUAUAUUCUGGAGCACCUAUUGCAACGUCAUCACACCAAUUACAGCCAUCAACAUGAAAAUUGUCUUAAUGUGACUCAACUCUUGCUGAAUUUUGGGCUUGAAUGGGUUUCAGAAAUUACUCCUAAACACUUCAGUCUGCUUUGUCCGGCUCUGCUCUACCAGAUUGAUAGCCGGGUGUGCAUUCAACAUAACGAUGAAUUGCAAACAUCACGUAUAAACUCCCAGCAAUCACUGCUGCAAGUGUUGGGUUGGGGGACACUUGCAGUCACGGUGGUCAGUGCCCCUUCUCUCCUGGCCAUUGCUCUUGUUCCACUUCUAAAACGCCACGUAUUCCGCUAUCUUCUCAGGUUUUUUGUGGCCUUGGCUGUGGGGACUCUCUGCGGUGAUGCCUUACUACACCUACUGCCACAUGCCCAGGAAGAUCACAAAGAGUCUCAAGAUGGUGGGGAAUCACAUUCCAUAGAGCCUGUUCUGAAAGGACUUACUGUACUUGGUGGUAUUUACCUACUCUUUCUUAUUGAAAAUCUCAUGGGCCUUAUGAAUCAAAGACGGAGAAGGCGGAAGAUAAAUGCAAAGCGGAAAGUCCCUGUUCCAGUUGAGGACUGCACAACUGUGUUACGAGAUCUUGGCCACUCAGUUGAUGCUGAGUUCUGUGAGGUUACUGGUGCAGCUGAUGAUCUACAGGUUAGAAAUGAAUUUCAUGAAGAGGGACUGAGAGACCAUGAAUCUCGUGCAUCUGUGGAUCACCAUGGCCACUCUCAUUCUGCAGGAGCAGGGGGCAUUGCAGAAUUUGUAUGGAUGGUAUUACUUGGAGAUGGGAUCCAUAACUUCACUGAUGGAUUAGCUAUAGGGGCUGCUUUUUCUGCUGGCUUUUCUGGUGGUCUCAGCACUUCUGUUGCUGUAUUCUGUCAUGAGUUGCCUCAUGAGCUGGGUGAUUUUGCCGUUUUGCUACAGACUGGAAUGCCAAUAAAGCGAGUACUUUUAUUCAGCCUGCUUUCAGCAUUCCUGUCAUACCUGGGUUUGCUGACGGGAGUUUUGGUCAGUCAAAGCUCAGCAGAGGUCACACCUUGGAUAUUUGCUGCUACAGCUGGUAUAUUUCUCUACGUUGCACUGGUGGACAUGCUCCCCCAGAUGUUAAACCGUGGGACCUCUGAUCUUUCCCAAGGAAAGGAUAUCUUCAUCCACGGUGCUGGUUUCUUUCUUGGAGGUGUCAUAAUGCUGUGCAUCGCACUCUUCCAGGAGGACAUGGGGUUUCAAAAUGUAUAAGAAUUUUUUUUUUACUUCAAAAUAAAGUGUUCUAUGAAACUUC